AUGACCUCUCGAAACAUUGUCAUCCAGAGGUCAUCUUACGGGGCUUAUCCUUCUUCCCUCUCAAGUUACGGUGGGGGAGGUAGCGGCGGUCAACGAGUUAGCCGAACAAUCGAAAGACGUUACGGAGCAUCUGGUCUCGGUGGACCUGGACUUCCGGCAGGUUCAUAUGCUCACGUGACCAACUCUGAAAUGAAUUCCAUGAGAGUAACGAGGGAGAAAGAAAAAAGAGACAUGCAGGAUUUGAACGAAAGAUUCGCCAGCUACAUCGAGAAGGUUCGCUUCUUAGAAGCACAAAAUAAAAAGCUGGCCGACGAACUUGAGAAGUUGAAAGCGAAUUGGGGCAAGGAAACAAGCGCAGUGAAGACCAUGUACCAAACUGAACUGACCGAAGCAAGGAGGCUGCUUGACGACCACGAGAGAGACAGAGCCAAACUCGAAGUCAGAAAUGCUGCUCUGGAAGACCAAGUAGCCGAACUGAGAGCCAGAUUGGACGAAGCGAACCGACUUGGCCUAGCAGAUCGCGAGAAAGUAGAGAAGCAGAAUCAGCAGCUGUCUGAUUACGAGGCCGAAAUAAACCUGCUGCGUAGGAGAGUGGAAGGUUUCGAGAAUGAUAAAGAGAGGGACAGGAGACAGAUCAACCACCUCACUGACUCUCUCAACAGAGCUCGAAUUGAUCUCGAUAACGAGACGAUACAACAUAUCGACGCAGAGAGUAGGAGGCAGACCCUGGAAGACGAGAUUGAAUUCAUGAGGGCCGUCCACGAGCAGGAAAUGAAAGAGUUAGCUGCCCUGGUCUAUAGGGACACAACGACUGAGAAUCGAGAAUUCUGGAAAAACGAGAUGGGUCAAGCUCUGAGAGAGAUCCAACAAGUGUACGAUGAUAAGUUGGAUAACAUGCGAGGAGAACUGGAAUCUUUCUAUAAUCUAAAGAUCCAGGAGUACAGGAGCGAAACGUCAAAAAAGCCAUCAGCAGACGUCGAACGUAGUAGGGAGGUGACGACGAGAAUGAAAACGCAGAUGACAGAACUCUAUGAUAAAAUAUCCGAUCUAGACGGAAAGAACCAAAGCUUGCUGAGAGAGUUGGACCAGAUGAGGAGGACAAGGGACGAGAGGGAGAGGGAGUGGGAGACGGAGAACAACGAUCUGAAAGUUGAGGUUGCAAAGUUGAGAGCGGAGUUGGAAUCAAUCCUACAGGAGUUGCAGAGCAUCAUGCACGCCAAGCUGGGUCUCGAGUUGGAGAUCGCCGCAUAUAGGAAGCUUCUAGAAUCUGAAGAAAAUAGGUUUUGUAUGGUUUUUUGUUUGUAUUGUAUGUAUACUGACGACCAUCCGAACGACAGACAAGACGGUCAUCGAGACCGGCGGACGCGGGGGUAUGAAUUUGGCUUCCUUCACAAAGGGGAAGGCACGGCCAAGACGAGUUUGCAGAGGAGUUCGAAGGGCCCAGUCAACAUUGGAGAGUGUGACCCGGACGGUCGGUUCAUUGCCCUCGAGAACACCGGCAGAAAAGAUGAAAGUUUGGGUGGGUGGAUGCUGAAGCGGACAGUGGAUGGAUUGGAUCAACCUCUCUUCAUCUUCCCGGACGAUUACGUCAUAAGGGCCGGGGACAAAACCAAGGUGUGGUCAAGUGGUAGCAGACCGGUGACCUUGACCUAUGAUGACCUGGUGGCCAACGUGCAUAGGUGGGAGCAAGGGGUGGACGUGGUCACGAAGCUUCUCAAUACAGUCGGAGAUGACCGUGCAACGCACGUUCAGAAAGUCACGUAUGUGUAA